GUUUCUCAUCAGUAGACAGUUCCUCCGAGCUAAGUUUGUUGAACAGGGUUGGUUAGUUAGAGUUCCUACGUAAAUUCGUGUUUUUGUUUUUUGUUUUUUACUUUCUUGCUGAUCGUUGUCUUUCUUAUAUUGUCGAUUAACCCUGAUCCGUCCUCGAGUCAUGACCAGUGUUACGAUGAGACUAAACAUGAUGAGCAGUUUAGUGAUUAGAUGUUUGAUCCAUUUACUAGCUAUGUCAUUGUCGCGUUGUCAAUCAGUUCACAAUGAUGAUCCAAUUACCAGAGGUUUCGUUUCACUGCCUUUCAAUCAGUCGUACUACCACAUCCAGAGUCCCUACGAUUUGCCGCAGGAGAAGCGGUACAACUUCGUCAAUGGAGUUCACAGGUGUUGGGUUUACUCCACCGACAAGCCGCAUACCCGCACCAGCAGGACCAAGCCCCGCACCGAGAUCGCUAUUCAGGGUUACCAAUACAACUCAGGCACAUGGGGAUUCGAAGCUUAUGGUUACGUGCCGAAAGGGACAUCCGGCGUGUCGAUUAUGCAGGUGUUCGGAAGCAAGCCACCGACGGCGACUUCGUUGAUGCUUAUGGUUUACGACGGCAACCUCCAUUACUACAGCAAAAGUCAAGUCGUGCUCGCUAACAUCUACGACAAGUGGUUCAAGCUGAAUGUGAUCGACGAUUUCGAUUCCGGGAAGAUCCAGGUCUACAUCAACGACGAGCUCAAGCUGGAGGUUCUUGGCCGCGGGGGCAAAUAUCACGCAUUCAAAUGUGGAGUGUAUGCACAAAGGAACGCUUCUCGUCACAUGAAGUCUUGUUGGAGAGACAUUAAGAUUUUCAGAAAGAGAGCCUAGAUGAAUCAUGUGUGUAGCAAUAAACCAGCUAGUUGUGUGGGAAUUUGAUGUUUUGUAAUGUACGAGUAAUUUGGUAUUUUAUAAUGUACGAGCAAGCCCACUAGCCCAGCCAUGAUAUUAAUGGAAUGUCUAUAAUGUUUUAUCUCACGUCUGAUGUUUUUUUGGUUGGGUUAUAGGUACAAUACACCCCUCUACUAUAGUACUAUGACGUUUUAUCAAGCAUGCUCUUAUGUUAAAAUUUUUAUUGAAAAAAUUGUCAAUCAUGGUUGAACCGAGAUUUAGACCCGACAUCGACAAAUGAGAGCGAUGAUGUCAGUUUUGUCUCCCGUUUUAUUUCUCUGGGUCUCUUCAAAGUGAAAUUAUUUGAAUUAUUUGGCUAUACCAAAAAAAAAAUACUAAAGGGAUAUUUUAGAC